GUAUAUAUAGACAUAAAGAGAGGAGCGAGCAGGUAGAGGCAAGCGAGCGCAAAGGUGAGAAAGAGGUGGAGGAGUGGUUAGCGGGUACGGGAGAAAGAGAGAGAGAGGCGAACAACUUUACAAACCUGCAUUCCUCUACUCUGCUUUUUCAAACGCGUACAAGCCGCUGCAUCGGCGGAGAGACCGGCCGCACUCGCUGUGCAUUCAAGUUCGACGCGCGCACGUAUAUAAUAAUGCGACUCGGACGGGCUGAAUGAAAUUGCGAUCGCGACCGUCCGCCGUGCGAAAUCGUACAAUUCGUGAAAACGUGAACGCGGCCACCGGAAUGGAAUCCGUAGAGCUGGAAGACGGCGCGAGCAUACGCAUAGCAUGGAGCUUUCGAUUCCCAUCUAUGGGUACUCUGCAGAACCUAGGUACCAACAGCCGACGGCGCAAACGGAAUGGCCUCGCUUCGUCGGACUCGUGUAAGGAUCUUCGGCAGAAGAGACACACGAUACACCUGCAGCCGGAAGUAAUCAUUCAGAAGGAACCGUGCUUGAUCGUGACUCCACCGUCACCUGAGGAUCUCGUUGAGGAUAACUCGAGGACGCCGGAGGAAGACAGCGACGCGAGGGUGGAUCGCGGCACAUACCCACCGAGUGGCCAGGAGCCACCCCUGACGAAGGCACCCGAAAGCGACAACAACCUGUCCCCACCGAUGGAGCCGUCUGAAGAGUCUAUUCGUAAACUCCUGGAAAGAGAAUUGCGGCUUCUCGAUCCUCGAGAUCUACGAUCGCACGCCUGGUACCAUGGCAGCACGUUGCGCGGUGGACGGAAAGGCGCGGAGGCGGAAGUGCCAAAUGACGGGGACUUCUUGGUGCGCGAUUGCGCCUCCCAACCCGGCAAUUAUGUCCUAACCGUACGAUGGAAAGGGCAACCGUUACAUUUCGUCAUCAAUCGAGUCGUAAUUCAGCCCGACACGGUUUACGAAAGGGCGCAGUAUCAGUUCGAAGACGAUGCCUUUGACACGGUCGCCGACCUGAUAACCUUCUACGUUGGCAGUGGUCGACCGAUCAGUCAAGCCAGCGGAGCCCGAAUUAUUACUCCGAAGCCCAGAUCGGUUCCAUUGACAUGCGUUGCACCGCCCUCGAGUAAUCAACACUGCUCUAGUCCUUCUUCCACCUCUCUGUCGACCGGUUCGCCACCUCGCCUACCCAGAAAACAGCAACGCAGCCACUCUCUGACCGCUCAGCAUCAUGUCCCGGAGCAGCACGUCGCCCGGGACAACAACCAACAAACGGGACCGCAGUUACCUAUCCAAUCUAGUACUUUACCACGUGUACCGCCAAUUCAAAACCAACCGCCCUCCUGUUCUCUGUCACUGGGACGCCAAAAGAUCACCCGGGUGAUAUCGGACCCAGCGCUACAGCAACAACAGCAACAGCCACCGAGUCUGAAUCUUCAAAAUACCCUAAGCACGGCGCCACCCAAGCCUCCCAGGGUGCCCUACGUGCCGAAUCACCAGUACCACCAUCAUCACCAUCAUCACCACCAUCACCACCACCAUCAGAGCUAUCAGGCCUCCGGCAGCGACAGCGGGAACGGAUCGGGUGAUAGCGAGUUCGAGACUAAUAAUUCUGGCGGUGCCAGCAAUCCCACUUCGGUGCCGAUCAAGGGUGUGGUGAUACGCAGCCAUUAUAACACCAAUAACGAUGGCAUCAACGGCAACAACAACAGCGAAUACGAAUUGUCGGCAGAGGAACAGUUGGUGGUAGCCGCGCCGUCUCUAGAGAUCGCUACGAUGCUCGACAUCGAGGGUUUUACGACAUUGCUGUUACCAGCCGGCGAACACAGACCUCUGGACCCGACCGCCCUGAGAGGAGUCUCGGGAAUGUUACUGGAUUCGGCGCCGAGAGUGCUCGCAUCUCACCUUACGAGGCUCGAUCUCGAGGUAGCGCUUCAACCGGGACCAGGAAACAGAAGUGGAUUAAGCGGUAUCGAGCUGGCGACUCUUCCUCACGGUAGACAGGCUAGAAUGGAUCUGAUCGAGAGAUCCGAAUGCAUAAAACUAUUGGUGGCGGUCACCGUGCUGGCUGGCGCUACGGCUAUAGAGAGAGCGGCUACCAUCAGCAAAUGGAUCAAAGUGGCAAUCGACACGAAAACCGCGCUCGGUAAUCUUUACGGCUUCUGCGGCGUGAUGCUCGGCUUGUGCCUGCCGCAGAUUCAGAGACUAGCCAACACGUGGCACCUGCUGCGACAAAAGCACACGGACGAAGCAUUCAGCUUCGAGGCGAAACUAAGGCCUACUCUACGGGCUAUGAACGAGUGUACCAAUCCGCAGGCACCUAACACGACGUUACCACAUUUGCUACCGAUCGCGCUACUUGGAGAACGCGGUCCCGAAGACGUUCUAGGUACCGUGGCACCUUUCGGACUCACGGCAGCGAUUCUUUCACCGUGGGAAAACUCGGCGUCCGAUUGCGGCCUAUCGAUCGUCUGGUCGCAUCUCGAGGCGGCUCGCAAGCUCGCCGAUAGUCUACCGCUCUUCCGCAGGAAUGCGGAGAUCGCGCUGGAGGGUUGCAGGAGCGACGAAUUGCUCUCGGACGCCUUUCGCACCGAAUUUCACAUCAAGUUCUUAUGGGGCAGCCGCGGUGCCACCGUAGCUCCGGAAGAACGUCACUUGAAGUUCAUUCAGGUCUUGGACGCAAUGUACGACAAGUGUGUGGCGAGCGAAGUGGCAGCUUAAAAAGCGACCAUAGGAUCUCAAAGAUCUGAAGGGGUAUUCGAAGAGGCCUUCGCGCCCUCUUCCUCCAAGUGCUCGGUGAAUGUCACCGUUCUUUCAGACUUUUAUAGUUAAAAAUUAAAACAUCCCGUGCAUUAAUCAAGUGAUAUCAUCCUAUCGCUACUAUAAUCGUAGAGAGCGUAGUCCCGAAGUAUAACAAACCCUGCCAAACAUCUAAGCCCGACGCUUGUUCCGAGUCGUGUAAGCAAUGGCACCCAAAGAAUCGAUCGAGGAGCUUGACCGAAGCCUACCUGUAUCGUCAACUGUACUUAACUUUAAUUGACAAUGUAAUUCUAUAAUGUUAUGUUGUAAGUGUUGUUCAUAUUUGUUCAUACUUAAUAAACAGAUUAAAAAGGUA